AUGACACCUGUGCCAGCAAAGCCUGAACGACCCUCGCCCGCUCCAAGCCCCAGUGUGAACAAGAAAGCCAAAUGCUCAGCGCCCCCGGUGCCUGAUAGCAUGAUGCCGCCACCUGAGGCUCCCUUAAAGAAAACAAAAACUGAAAAGGCAUGUGCAGUGAAGGGAACAGGCAGACCUCCUGCCACCCCAUUGGCCAAUCCAUUGGCAGCCCCGCCGCCUGUGGCAGCCCAUGCCGCCAUGGUCUUGCGACCCCCACCGCCCAAAGGAUCACCACCAGCUUGUCCCGAGACCGAACCAUCGCCAGGAACACCAGCUUACGUGAAUGUCCAUGGAGUCCCAGUGCCCAUGUCCAAAGCAGGGGUGAAAAUGGAGGUCAGACCAACACAAAACACAGCAGCAGCAGCUCUGAGAAAGCAGAAGGCACGGCCAAGCAUGAAGGUAGAGCAACGUGAAGAUACUCUGCCACCCAGUGCCAGCCUGGCCCUUGACACUUCAGCCAAAGCCUCACGUCCCACAUCACCCACAUCACCCACAAGCACAGAGUCAACCGCUCCAUCCCCAUCCUCAGCCAAAGCCUCACCCACCUCAGCCAAAGCCAUUUCACCUUCCAGCACCACGGCAGCAUUGGCAAAGGCCAACACCCCAAGCCCUGAUGAUCACAGCACUGCCCCUACGCCAGCAAAGUGCCCGGCUCCAACCCCAACACCUGAUGAUGGGAAGACAACCGAAACCGAUAUUCAGCGAGAAGAGAGGGUUCGAGCAUGGGUCUGUAAAAUGGAUGAUGUGGAGAUCACUCGUUCCAUUCAAAAAGCAGAAAGACAUAGCCUGUUUCCACAGUUCGAGCUUUGGAGACGGGAUGAGAUCUUUGGUGUCGGUGGUGAUGAGGAUAUCCCCAGAUUUGGGGCUGAUGAUGAAGAGGAAGAGCUUGUGUCUUGGCUCAUGUGGCUAGAAGACCCUUCGAGGCCGUGUGUUGAGAACGCACUCCCAGACCCCAAUCCUGAGGAGACAGCAUCAGUUGCAGUUGCAAAGAAGCCCAAACAAGUGACAUUUACACAGAAUGUCACUGUACACAGCCUGCCUGACACCGCAGUACCUGCCAAAGCAACCACUUCGAUACUCAAGCCUGCAGCAAAAAUGCCAGUACUGAAGCCUUUGACUUUGGCCCCUGCACCGCCUAUGAAAGCAUCAGCAGCAGCACCACCACAAGCAGCACCAGCAGCCACGCCCUUGCCUCCAGCCCCUGCCAGAGCAACACCAGCAACGGCAACCACAUUGCCUGUGCCUCCGCCUGCCAAACAUGCAGCAGCCCCACAUGUGCCAGCAGCUGUGCCGCCUGGGUCAUUGGCCUUACUGCCACCAGCAAGUGCAAGCCCAAAGCCAGCAGCUAGCCCCCUUCCAGCAGCACCAGCCAGCAAUGGCAUGAUCCCAGCUUCGCAGCUAGCCAGCCAGAUCCACAUUUCAGCCCCCGUUGGUGCAGAAGUCACAUUUGAAGGCUACAAAGAGCGACAGGCUCACUAUGCUCAAAUGAAGAGGCAGCUGGAUGCAAGUGAAAACUACAGCAUCCCCGAUGAAAUUGUGGCAUCAUGGAAGCAAGCUGUUCAGAGCAGGCUGUCCAUCAAGGCCACCAGGAGCCGCACUGACAGCUGGAAGACCCGUGCGCAGCUCAUGGCUAUGCACAAUGAUGAGCAAACAGUGAAUCGUAUCAUUGAUAUGAAGACCCGGAACUCGGAGUUCAAAGAGCACCCUGACAGCCCGGGAGAUGCAAAUGCUACGUUGUUUUAUGUCUUGUUGGACAUGGAACGGGUUGAUGAGGACGAACAUGAAGAUCGUGUGGAUCUUUCGGUUUCUGGUGAAGCCACCGGUGAGCAGGCUGAACGGUUUGCAUCAGAGACUGAGUUGAAUGCAUUUGGGGGUGGCAUCAUGUGUGAACCCCUUCGCCUACACAGCUUGCAGCUGCCCAAGUCGGAGGGUGGUGCUGUGACUCCCGACACAAGCGUGGCUGCGCCAUCGGCUGAAGGUCCUCAGGGAAAGCCCAAGGCCGCAGCCAAGCCGAAGCCAAAGUCAGCCGGGGAGGGUGCCGGGAGGAAUGAAAUGCCUGAUGAACUUCGCCCUCGUGCCCUGUGGAUUUUGAAUAAGUUGUCCGGGGACCUUCAGGGGGCGCGCAUGUGGCCCGUGAAACUGGCGCACUUGAAGCACCAGGAGGCAUUGAGCAAAAGCUUCCAGGGGCAUGCGGAUGAGCUGGAACGUUCAUUCAUCCAGCUCACACGCAUGACUGUGAACAAGGAAAUUGAUCCUUCGGAGGUGGACCAGUUGACCGCAGCUACCACGCUGGCACUCCAGCGCAUGCAGCUCUACCAGGAGGAUGCUGGUGAGGCCAAUACUCUGACGAAGCCAACGCGUUCGUCGGGGUCAAAGGAGCAGCCAUCCAAGCGACCUCGAUUGACACCGUAUGAGGAACCACAUAUCUUGGCUGCAAAAGCAAGGGGAGCCCCUCCCAAACAACUUCCAGAAUUUCAAGACCUUUUGGUGGAUGAUUUCGCAUCUGGCAAAGCCAGCGCGACCAGAGCAUGGUGGACCCAACAGUACUUCAUGACUGGUCAUCCGAUGGCUAUGAAGACUAGGAUGAACUAUCCCGUGCUUUCGAGCAAAGGCAUUCCAUCCAAAGUUGUGACUUUUUGGAUUGCUAACUGCUGUGUGGAGUUUGCUUCGCGUCAACGGGCCACAGACUUGGAUCGCAUGGUGUCUACUUGCCUACAUGCAUACGCGAGCGCUCUGCGAAAGAUGGACACAACAGGUCUUGUCUUGACGGAGGAGGAGGCCGAGUCAUAUUACCAAUCAGUGAAUCUACACCUUCUUAGCUAUGCUGCUCUUCACACCAAGAGCAGAAAUGCCAGGGGGAGAGAUCCCGGCCGCACAAUGUGGUACUUGCUUACAAAGCAUCAUCACUACUACCAUCACGCGAAGGUGACAAGGCGUGAGCGGAUCAACCCGCGUAUGUCUCAACUGUUGGCUGCGGAGGACUGGGUGGGGCGACUAGGUCGCAUCGCAAGGGCAACCCACAAAGGGAAUGUGUCGCGAAGGACUUUGGAAAGGUAUCUAUGUUUGGUACACCUAGAGUUGAACAAGCUGUGA